UCUUCGUUUGUGGCCACGAGGUUUUGUGUGGUGAAAAUUAAGUUUACCGGGUGAAAAAACACCUUUAUUUUUGUAUUUAUACAAAAAUGCCCUCCAGAUAUCCCCUGCCACCAAAAGAAAAUGCCUUGUUCAAACGAAUUUUGAGGUGUUACGAACACAAACAAUACAAAAAUGGGUUGAAAUUUGCAAAGCAGAUUUUGACCAAUCCCAAGUUUAGUGAACAUGGAGAGACCUUGGCGAUGAAAGGUCUCACACUCAAUUGUCUUGGCCGUAAAGAAGAAGCUUAUGAUCAUGUUCGGCGAGGAUUAAGGAAUGAUCUGCAAUCCCAUGUGUGCUGGCACGUUUAUGGGUUGUUGCAAAGGUCUGAUAAGAAGUACGAUGAAGCAAUUAAAUGUUACCGAAAUGCCCUCAAAUGGGACAAGGAUAACCUGCAGAUUCUCAGGGAUCUUUCAUUAUUACAAAUCCAAAUGCGAGAUUUGGAAGGUUAUAAGGAUACAAGAUAUCAACUGUUUAUGCUGAGACCCACACAAAGAGCAUCAUGGAUUGGAUUUGCUAUAUCAUAUCAUCUUUUAAAAGAUUACGAAAUGGCUCUCAAAAUUUUAGAUACUUUUAGAAACUCUCCAAUGAUAUGCUACAACUAUGAGCACAGUGAAUUGUUAUUAUAUCAAAAUGUGGUAAUUCAAGAAUCAGGUGACAGUGAACAAGCUCUAAAACAUCUUGACAAGCACCACGAACAAAUAUGUGACAAGAUCACUGUGAAAGAAACAUAUGGUAAGUUGAGACUGGAAUUGGAACAACAUUCUGAAGCUGUAAAAGUAUAUCAAGAACUUUUACAAAUCAAUCCAGAAAAUGUAUUAUAUUACAAAAAAUUAUCAGAAGCAGAGAGGCAUAAAACGCCUGAAGAAACAUUAAAAAUGCUUGAGCAUUAUGAAAGUCUCUUCCCCAGAGCUUUGGCUCCUCGAAGAUUGCAACUUAAUUAUGCUUCAGGUGAAAAGUUCAAAGAAUUAGUGGACCGUUACCUCAGGAAAGGUCUUCAUAAAGGUGUUCCUCCACUAUUCGUUGAUCUUCGCGCUUUGUACAAAGAUCAAAGUAAAGUUGAUGUUAUACAGUCAUUAGUUUUACAGUACAAAGAAGCACUAAAAGCACAUGGUCAUUUUAGUGAUGAAGACAAAGAUAAACCAAGAGAACCAGCGUCCGCCCUUUUAUGGAAUUAUUAUUACCUCGCUCAGCAUUAUGACUUUCUCGGUUCAACGCAAAAAGCACUUGAAGAAAUUGAUGCUGCCAUACAUCACACUCCUACACUGAUUGAACUUUUUGUUACCAAAGGAAGAAUUUAUAAGCACGCCGGAGAUGUUCAAGAAGCGUAUAAAUGGUUAGAUGAAGCACAAAGCUUAGAUACUGCUGAUCGCUACAUAAAUUCAAAGUGUGCCAAAUAUAUGCUUCGUGCAAAUUUGGUAAAAGAAGCAGAAGAAACUUGCGCAAAGUUCACAAGAGAAGGGGUUCUGGCGAUGGAAAAUCUUAAUGAAAUGCAAUGUAUGUGGAUACAAACAGAAGCUGCGAAUGCGUACAAACGCCUGGGGAAAUAUGGUGAAGCACUGAAAAAAUGUCACGAAGUUGACAGGCACUUUUCUGAAAUAAUAGAGGACCAAUUCGAUUUUCAUACUUACUGCAUGCGUAAAAUGACCCUACGUUCCUACGUCGGUCUUCUGAGGUUAGAAGAUGUACUGCGCUCGCAUCCGUUUUACUUCAAAGCAGCGAAAUGUGCAAUAGACGUUUACCUUCGACUACACGAUUAUCCGUUACCAGAUUUGACGCAAACACAAGAGAUUGACACCGAAAACUUGGCGCCGUCUGAGCUGAAAAAGUUAAGAAACAAGCAGAGAAAGCAGAAGAGGAAGGCUGAGCUGGAAAGACAGCAGGCAGCUCAAGCUCAAGAGAAGAGGGAACAGCACAAUAAGUCGCGACAGCAAGCCGAUCCUGAUCUAGAGCAGCCGACGCUGGACGAACUUAUACCGGAAAAAUUAGAGAGGGCUGACGAUCCACUAGAGCAGGCGAUAAAGUUUCUCCUUCCACUGCAAGAUUUGGCUGCCAAUCGAAUCGAAACUCAUCUGAUGGCUUUUGAAAUCUACAUUCGUAAAGGUCGAACCUUACUGAUGCUGCGAUCGAUCAACCGCGCACACAGAUUGGAGCCAAGCAAUCCCGAGCUGCACAGCUGUCUAAUCCGCUUCCUGCGUCACACAGCUGAAUCAAGUCUCGACAGCAUAGUCGGCGAGGUGGUGAAGCGCCAAUCCAGUGACAUAUUCGCGGGCAAGAACGCUGCCCAGCUGAACGCCGACUACCUGAAGCAGCACGCCAACUCGCUGCCGCACCUGCUGCAAGCCGCGCGAAUGCUCUAUCUGCUUGAGCCGCAGUCCCAGCAGAAGGCCAUCGGCCUGGCGACUAGUCUCGAUGGCUUCGAGGGCGUCAGCCUAGAGAACUGCACGCGGGUGCUGGAGGCACUGCGCAACGGCGACUUCGGGCUGUGCGAGCAGCAGCUCGCCGACUACACGGUCAAGUGCCACGAGCGCUUCCCUUACGCAACGGCCUUCCGCUCGGCCGAGGCCAAGCACCAGUUGCUCACCAACCACCAGGACCAGGCGGCGGCCAAGGACCAGCCACCCGCCAACGCCAACUGAUCCUGGCCGGCCGACUCCUGCGCCAGCUACUGCCUCGUCAGCGGUGUGCGUUGCAGCUAAGCGAGACACCCACCACUCUGACACUGCGCUCGCCAUGCUCCCCGCUGCUCUGAUAGCCAAUUCGUCAAACCUUAUCAAACGAUCUAACGAGUUGCAUUGUACCUACACAUACCCACAUACAAAUAUACACACGUAGCAACACCCACGUCCACUUAUAUAUAUACUGAAACACUUACACGAUACCAGUAUACAAACCGUUAACGAUUAAUAUUUCCGCAGAUGGACUAAUCAAAGAUAAUAGAUAGAUAUUUAAGAUAUUACUGAUCUAGAUUAGUGAGGCAUGGUGACGGUGGUGUGUGACAGACAGAAGUUGUUCAAGCGAUUUACAUGAAAGUACAUGUCUAAUGGAAUGCGCGUGUCACUUCGGCGCAUGUCAAUCAGUAGAUUAUAUACUUUGCCGCCCCCCCCUCUCUCUCUCUCUCUCUCUCUCUCUCUUUCGCUCUCGCGGCUACAUGUAAUAUAAUAUAAUAUUAAUACAAACGAAUUGCUUCGUGACUAGUGAUAUCGAUAAACAAGCUGACAAAUGAGGGAUAAAGAACAGAGCAACAGCGCGCCAACAGUUCAGAAGACUUACGGAGCGCCAACGCGUGUGCGCGCUCAGUUAUUUCUUAAGAAAUUGAUGACAGCCAUAUGCCGAAUUUGUUAUUAUUCGGUACGGCUUAGACGAGUUUUAACGGAUGCGUGCAAGUGCGCGAGGGACGAGGCGCCUCGAUGUUUAGCUAAGGUUUUCAAAGCGAUAAACCAUUAUUAUAUAUAUGUAUGUAUGUAUGUAUAUAUAUUCAUGCAUAUACACAUAUAUAUAUAUAUAUAUAUAUAUAUAUACAUACAUACAUAUGUCAGAAAAUGAUUGAAUUAAAAAAAUAAUUAUAUAUAGCAAUGCUAGGCAGGAUUUAGUUUCUUCAUCAUCGCGAGAGACUGAAUCGUGGCUCGCACUUUAAAUGGACUUUGUACUGAAAAACAGUAAACGUGGCAGAAGGGCAACUCCCAAACUAAUAGCUACGUUGUGAAUAUAACUAAUGGAAUGCAUAACAUGUUAUAUCUUUAUUAUUGAUUACAAAACGACUACAGAUUUGUAAUCAUACAGCCUCUUCAUUUUCAUUGCAAAAACAUAAUAAUACCAAUCUCAUCUUUUCAACUGUCAAUUUCAAUUAAUUAAUUUAUAAGUAUGCGUAUGAUAUUAAUUGUGAAAAAUUGUUUGAUGCUUUGAGAGUAUUGUUAUGAGGGAAGGAAUGUCUAAUUUACUAAUGUCCUGCUGAAUGCUUUAUCGAUGAAUACUGUAAAAACUCACGUCUAGAAUUUAUAGAAUAUUUUGCAGCAAAAUUGUUUUUCGAUUCUUAAUAAAUUUUCGAAUGUCUUUCAUCGGAAGAAGAUCCAUUAUAUAUUGAAAAUUAUUUUGAAAUUGUAUAAAUAAUCAUUUUUAUUUUUGAUUUUCAUACAAUUAUUUGAACAAGAAAUGUAUAGAUGAAAUUACAUUUUUUUCUAUUUGAUUUCAAUAAACUGAAUGUGUGACCCAAUCAUGUACAAAUUGAAUAUUUAUCACAAAGUUAUUUACUUACGACGCCAAUUCAGAGCAAAGUUCCCGCGCAUGUCUUUCAAAAAUAGUUGAUGAGACUUGCUACAAAAUUAAAAGAAAAAUAAAUAAAUAAGUCUGAUUUUUAGAAACAAUAUUUAAUAUUCUUCUGCCUGUUUGAAUUCACGCUACGAAGCCAUAUUUACAUUUAAUUCUAAAAUCUAAUACGGUACUGCUUGCGUAUGGUUAAUACGUAUCGAACCAAAUCCAAUCUUCGUAAACGGAAGUUACGAGUAUCUGUAAAUCAAAUACAUGCGAAAUUUUAAUAAAAUUGUGAGAUUAACGAUGUCUUUAUUCGAGCAUGAUAUUCCCAUGACCUCAUAACAGUGAUGGAUGCUGUUUAUAUUAGCAAACACUAUAACAUUUCACAAAGUACAAUGAAAUUGUUGUUUUGUGACGGACAAAAUUAACGACAUUCAAUUUUGUGUUCAAUAUAAGCACUUUUAUCCAUUAGAAAUAUAUAUUAUAUACGAA